AUGCCUCUCCCAACGCAUUUCACCCUCAAUACGGGGGCCAAGAUACCUGCUGUGGGCUUCGGAACCUGGCAGGCUCCCGUAGACCAGAUUGAAGAAGCUGUCAGCAUCGCCCUACGCUCCGGUUAUAGGCACAUCGACUGCGCCGCCAUUUACCGCAAUGAAACCGGCGUCGGCGCCGGCAUCCUCAAGUCCGGGGUACCUCGUUCGGAUCUCUUCAUCACGGGGAAGCUCUGGAACACCAAGCACAGGCCCGAGGAUGUCGAGCCGGCGCUGGACCAAACGCUGCGCGAUCUAGGCACGGACUAUCUAGACUUGUACCUAAUGCACUGGCCUGUUGCCUUCAGAGCCGGCGACAACCCCUUCCCACUCGACUCGGACGGUGUAUUCGUUCUCGAGGAUAUCGACCCUGCGGUAACUUACACCGCCAUGGAGGAGCUCCUAUCCACAGGCAAAGUCAAGGCCAUCGGUGUAUCCAAUUUCAACAAGCGCCGUCUAGAAGGCCUCCUCUCCAAGACCAAGGUAGUCCCGGCCGUCAACCAGAUCGAAGUCCACCCUUACCUCCAGCAGACUGAACUUUUCGACUUUUGUCGGGGCAAAGGCAUCCAGGUCGUCGCCUACUCCCCACUUGGAAACAAUCAAACCGGGGAGCCCCGCACCGUCGACGAUCCUCUCGUGGCCGAACUCGGCACCCGAACGGGUCUGGACAAAGGCCAACUCCUCUAUUCCUGGGGCGUCCAGCGCGGCCACGUCGUGCUUCCCAAGAGCGUCACGCCCAGCCGCAUCGAGACCAACCUCAAGGCCCAAGAGCUUCCCCCGGACGUGUAUCAGGCUCUCACGGGGCUUGAAAGACACAAGAGAUAUAACUGGCAGUCACGAUGGGGCUUCGAUAUCUUUGAGGAGGUCGGUGAGGAGGAGAUCAAAAAGAUUGUGCGAGAUUCCGCCAAGGGGAACAUUGAGAAAUGGGGUAAAUAG